UAUUCAACAUGGAGGCGGCGGUCACUAAACUGGAAGUGAUGUUCCAGAAAGCAGAAUCUGAUCUGGAUUAUAUUCAACACAAGCUGGAAUUUGAAGUUGAGAAAAAUCUUCCUGAUAAUUCAUCAGGAGAGGAGAAUCCACUUACACUGUUAAAGGAAUUAUCAAUGAUGAAGUCACGAUAUAAGACUUUGUGUGCCCAACUGGAACAAGUUGCUGUUGAGCAGAAAGAGUCUAUGAACUGUAUUCGUGCUACUUUAAAUAAUACUAUGAAAAUGGUACAACAGCUAGAGAAACAAGCAGAUUUGGAGCCACCUUGGUUACAAGUUUUCAUCACAACCUCAAACAGAACUCUCUUGAAUAAGAUGCCAUUGAACAGAUUGGCUACUGAUGAAUGUGAAAGCCAUGAGUCUAAGCUAUGGAGUUGGAAAGAGCUGAAGUUAAGAAAAAAAGAAAUAGAUGCAGAAGGCAAAUUUAAGACAUUGUUUCAUUCUGAGGUAUGGAAUGAGCAUUAUUUCCUUGUGUGCAAGGAAAUUGAUAUUUUGACAGAGAUAGUAUGGUAAUAAAUGUGUUGUGAGAGUUGAUUGUGCUAUAUUAACUAUUUGUAAUAAGUGUCUAUUAAAACCUUAAAAAUCUGUAAGCCAUUUGAGUACUAUUUUUAACUGCAUCAUGUUUUACUUUUGUAUUCUGGGAAUUGAUCUUAGUUUUCUAUUCAGUCAAGUGGAUAUUCAAGUGAAAACAGAACCUGGAGUGUUUCUUUGAAGCUUGAUCUGUCUUGCUCAGUCAUAAGACUUUGAACAUUUAGGAGCAAGAUCAGUCCAUUGCUAUAUUUGAGAAAUUUAACCUUUCCAGGCUCAGUUUUCCUCUUUAGGAAACUGAGAUUUAAUUAGAUAUACCCACUUCCCAGGCAUGAUGGAAAUAUUGUACCCAUAAAAGAAAAUUCCUUGAGGGAGGGUAGAGAUUAUUGUCAGCAUGUGAAGUUUUAUUGUCAUUGCUUGAUUUUACAAAGUUUCUAGACUUGAUCAUUUAUGCUGAGUAAUUUUUUUCAAAUGCCUGCUUUUGUUUUCUUAAGAAAGAAAAAAGGUGUCUACAGUGUCUCCAUGAACAUAUAUAGGCAAAUAUAUAUGUGUUUUGAGAAUUUUAUGAGUAUAAUGUAAUUUUAAUGGGAAAAGAUAGUGCCCUCUGAAGAACUUUCUGCAUGUUUCCUUUUGGUAUUUUACUUGGUGUGCUGUAGUGACACUACUCUUUAGUUUCUAUGAUCCUGGUGAUCAUUUUAAGUAUUUUAUUUCAGUGUUUAUUUCAUAAGAUUUUGUAAAUAAAAACACUAAGUUAAUCAUGUCUUUGAAUUGCAGUACUCAUGCUAAUUGAUAUUGUAUUGGAUUUGUUAAAUUAAAAUAUUCCAACACCUUUAA